ACCAGUGACUCUGGCAGGAGAGACAGCAUGUCUGAAGAGUAUGGAAAUGGACAGAUUUAAUCUUGAACAAAUCACUUAAGUUCUAAAAAAAAAAUGAAGAAAGGACAUCUUGAAAUGGUCACUAUGCUGCUGACAGCCGUGAUUCUAAUGGACGUCUUCCAGGUGAAGGCUGAAAUGUUGGACAUGGCAGAUAACGCAUUUGAUGAUGAAUACCUGAAAUGUACUGACAGGAUGGAGCUCAAGCAUGUUUCCAGACUGCUCGAGGAGGAAAAAGUGAGCCACCAGCUCUUAGAUACCGUGUGGGAAAGUGCAAAAGCCAAAUGGGAAGCCCGAAAGACCCAGCUCUCUCUCCCUGUGAGUUUUAAGGAUAACCAUGGAAUAGCCCUCAUGGCAUAUAUUUCUGAAGCCCACGAGCAAACUCCCUUCUACCUUCUCUUCAAUGAAGCUGUGAUGAUGGCUGGCCAGUCUCGAAAAGAUUAUAUCUAUAGCUUCCAAUUCAAAGCUCUUCAUUUUUACCUAACAAGAGCCCUGCAGUUGCUGAGACGAUCUUGUGAUGACAGCUACAAAAACGUGGUAUAUAGAGCAAGCCAGAACACUUCAUUUACAUUUGGAGGGCUGAACCAGGCCAGGUUUGGCCGCUUCACUUUGGCAUAUUCAGCCAAACCUCAAGCUGCUAAUGACCAGCUUACUGUGUUAUCCAUCAACACAUGCUUUGGAGUUGCUGUUGAAAAAUUUUUUGAUAAAGAAAGUGAAAAAAUUACUUUAAUACCUCUGAAUGAGGUUUUUCAAGUAUCGCGGGAAGGGGCUGGCAAUACCCUUAUCCUUCAAAGCACAAACAAGACCUGCAGCCACUACGAGUGUGCAUUUCUGGGUGGACUAAAAAGUGACAACUGUGUUGAAAACCCAGGGGGAGAAAGCCAGGAGCUCACUGUCUCACCUGGGAUGGAAAUGCUCCAGCCCACCCACAUACCUGGAAUAAAAAUCCAAGAACCUUUUCCACAACCUGGAAUAAAAGUGGCACAACCGGAUGAAAAACCUGAAGGCAAAAGCCAAGAAAAUGUCAACAAUGCAAGUCCAGUUCCUGUGCCACGUCCCAAAACCCACCCUUCCGCAUCCUCUGGCAAAACGCUCCUCCCACCACUUGGGACCGUCGUUUUAAUCAGUGCUUCUGCUCUAAAUCUUUGUUCCUUCAUAGUUUGACAUGUUCUUUUUCUUUCUUCUUCUCUGGUAAAAUAUGUUAUAGGGAUCCCACAGAAGAUCAAAAGAAAUGAUGUAUUUUUCACUUG